AUGGGAAGUCCUGACCAAAUGAAGAGGUUUUCACUUCUUGGUGUCUCAUGCAUUCUUCUUGUCGCUGUCGUCGCCGCUGUAGGCGGCGAAGGACAACAGAGUGCUGGCAAACUUUGUGAAUCAAUGCAGUACCAAGAAACAUGCCAGAAGAGUCUUGCGAAGGCGUCGAGUGAAACCCCUGAUAUGAAAGAGCUUCUAAAAGCUGCAUUCAAUGCAACAUCAGUGGAGUUGUUGAAACAUAUUAACAACUCAUCUCUUUAUAAUGAAUUGGUGAAGGACAACAGGACAAAACAAGCAAUGGAAGUUUGCAAUGUGGUUUUGGAUUACGCUGUUGACGGAAUCACUAAAUCUACUGGUAAAAUCGAUAGCUUUGAUUUCAAUAAGUUGAAUGAAUAUGCUUAUGAUCUCAAGGUUUGGUUAACCGGUGCACUUUCGCAUCAACAUACAUGUUUGGAUGGUUUUGAGAAUUCAACGACGAACGCCGGAGAAACAAUGGCUAAGAUUUUGAAUGGUUCUUUGCAGUUAACUAGCAAUGCUAUUGACAUGAUUAAUGUUGCUUCUGGAAUAGUUAAGGAUCUUAACGCAAACACAGAUACUGGUAAAAGGAAUCUUUUAUCUCUUGAAUCGGAGAAACUCGUCGAUGGUUUUCCUUCAUGGGUUAACGGAGGACAAAGACGAAUUCUCGCCGAUGAAACUGUUAAGCCAAAUGCUGUUGUGGCGCAAGACGGUAGUGGACAGUUUAAGACAGUUGGUGAAGCUCUUAAGACUGUUCCUGCUAAUAAUGCACAACCUUUUGUCAUUCAUGUUAAGGAAGGUGUUUAUAAUGAGAAUGUUAAUGUGCCUCUGGAAAAGACUUUUGUUACGAUCAUCGGUGAUGGUCCUACGAAAACCAAAUUCACCGGUAGCCUCAACUUUGUCGAUGGUACCAUAGUUUACAACACCGCAACCUUCGGUGUAAAUGGUGCAAACUUCAUGGCAAAGGAUAUCGGAUUCGAGAACACAGCAGGACCAGAAAAACGUCAAGCAGUAGCACUCCGAGUAACAGCAGACAAAGCAAUCUUCUACAACUGUCAAAUGGACGGUUUCCAAGCCACGGUCUUCGCUGAAUCCCAACGCCAAUUCUACCGUGACUGCAGCAUCUCUGGCACAAUCGACUCCAUCUUCGGCGACGCCUUUGGAGUUUUCCAAAACUGCAAACUCGUCGUUAGAAAACCAGCUGAUGAGCAAGUAUGUACCGUAACAGCAGAUGGAAGAGUCAAAUCCGACAGCGCAAGCGGUCUCAUUUUCCAAACCUGUCACUUCACAGGUGAACCAGCAUUAGCAUCAAUAACACCCAAAAUCGCUUACCUCGGAAGACCAUGGAAGGCAUACGCGAAAGUCGUCAUAAUGGACUCAACCAUAGACGACAUUUUCAGCCCCGAAGGUUACUUGCCAUGGAUGGGAACCGCUUUCACUGACACAUGUACUUUUUAUGAGUAUAACAAUAAAGGUCCUGGUGCUGACACAAAAGGAAGAGUUAAAUGGCCCGGUGUUAAAACUAUAUCCGCUACCGAAGCAGCCAAUUUCUACGCUGCAAAAUUCUUCGAGAUUGCUAAUUCAACAGAAAGCGAUUCUUGGAUUGUGAAAUCUGGUGUUCCUUAUUCACUCGAUCCAUCACAUUCUAGCAGUGAUGGUAAAUCCGAGCCCGGAAGUAGUAAUUCAGAGGCUGGAAGUCAUUCUGGAGGUACAAGAAUAAAGACAUUUUACAGCGGCUUUUUCAUAGCAGCUGUGUAUUUGUUGGCAAACAUGUGGAUGUAA